UAGACCUACGGACAUCAUUCAUCACCUAUUAUUCUCUCACCUCAGUUCAAUAUCCUGUCAUAAAUAUCCACCGGCAUACAAUGAGGAGCCUACUCUCCGUUCUACCAUACCUGUUUAUAUCAGUGUCAGGGUUGGUAAGCGGUGACCAGCUUCGACCUCCCCCAGAAGUUGCAGUCAAAAAUGGUACUCUUGUUGGAGUCCAUAACCCGAAAUACGGUCAAGACUUCUUCUUGGGCAUCCCCUAUGCACUACCCCCUGUCGGAGACCUGCGCUAUCGUCAUCCCCAAGCGGUCAAUGAAUCCUGGGCGGUGAAAUCGGCAACAGAGUAUGGGGCGUGGUGUCAUUCUGCACCCCUCACUCUUCCAGGCUUCUCUCAAAAAGGCUUCUCUCACGCAGAGAAUGAAGACUGUUUGACCCUUAAUGUUGUUCGACCAAGUGGUGUCCAUGACUUUCGCAAACUACCUGUACUGGUUUGGAUUCACGGCGGUGGUCUCCAAGAAGGCGGCAGUGCUGAUCAAAGAUAUAAUAUGUCUUCUGUGGUUCAAGAGUCUGUGCGAAUGGGUACGCCGAUUAUUGGUGUUAGCUUCAACUAUCGCCUCUCAGGUUUCGGAUUCCUCACUGGUCGCGCUGUCAAUGAAUCGGGAAUCGCAAAUCUUGGUCUCUAUGAUCAACGGAAGGCUCUGUUCUGGAUUCAAGAAAAUAUCGCAGCUUUCGGUGGUGACCCUUCACAGGUCACUAUCUCUGGUGAAUCUUCUGGCGGCAUAUCGGUUGGUCAUCAUUUCCUGGCCUUUGGCGGACGCGAUGACGGCCUGUUCUCCGGUGGUAUCGCGGAAAGUGGUGGCCCGCUCACGCCUAGCGCCCUUAUUUCCCUCGACCAACAGGACGUGUUCUACGAGAAAGUCUUGAACCAGACCAACUGCACAGGAGCAUCCGAUACGAUUGACUGCCUCCGUGCCAUUCCUGCAGAGAUAUUAAAACUUGCUUUUCAGGGCGUCUCGUACUACCCUGUUGUAGACGGUGCUUUAAUCGAAGGUUUAUCUUCUACUGCUUUACAGGAAGGUCGGUUCGUGAAACGUCCGCUCCUCACCGGAAGUAACACGAACGAGGGCACUGCAUUCUCUAUUCCCGCUGGAAUUGAAGUGAAUAAUGCCACGGAUUUCUCCGUUUUCGCCGCCGCCUUCGACACAGGCCAUGGUCUCACUCAGCAAACCAUCAACGACUUGGCGACAAUGUACAUCCAAGGUCUGUCCAACCAAGAGGUACAGGCUGAUCUUGGCUCGGUUUCCCCUUCCCCGGGUUCAUCUUACGGAUCUCUCUGGGGAAGAGCUACCCUUUAUCUGGGAGACAGUAUGUUCCAUGCUGGCCGACGCUAUGCGACCGAAAUGUGGCGGAAGUACGGGGUCCCGUCAUACAGUUACCGUUUCAACGCAGUACCGAACGGCAUUGACCCUAAGCUCCUCGGCGCAACCCACUUCCAAGAGAUUCCCUUUGUUUUCCGGAAUUUUGAUGGUGUAGGAUACGUCACUAACCCGCUCUCCUCGGCUUCCUCUGCAUCAUCACACAAGUACGAUGAGCUCGCCGUUCUCAUGAGCCGUAUGUGGAUUAGCUUCGCCGUUAAUAAGUCGCCAAAUUCACACAAAGUUCCAAAUUUCAAACUGACAUGGCCGACCUACAACACUACGGCUAAAAACAUGGUCUUUGGGUUGGAAGAUACUCACUUGGAAGAUGAUACUUGGAGAAGCCAAGAAAUUGGGCGUAUCAUCAGUGCUUUCGAGGAGUACAAGAUCUAGGGUGAAUCAAGGUCUCGUACUUUGGUUUCGCCGCUUCUGGACGGCGAUUAACUGAAUGGUACCCUUUGCUUCUCUUCUCCCUUCUCUAAAUUCGUGACAUUUACCUAUUCACACAAGUUUAUCUUCUAUUGGCUGGUAACAGUUGACCAGCUCAGUAUGUAUAUUUAGCCUUGUUGGAGAUAUGGCUUACUACAAAGAGCAAGUUUUCUCUGAGGGGCAUGUACGUCUCUUAAGAUUAUUCUUCAUUGUUCUGGAACUUUGAUAGCUUAAUAUUCUUAAUUUUUGAUUUCAUCACCAGAAUUCCAGUUAUGUAUUGAGCACU